GGCCCCGCUUCCCCGUGCUCCUCCGCGCGCUGACGGGCAGCCCCGGUAAACAGGAGCCGGGAGAGGGAGCCGGGGGCGCCCCGGCCCCGCAGGAGCCUCCCCGGCCCGGGCAUGGGCAGCAGCCGCGGGGCCGGCGCUGCGCGGGGCACCGAGCAUGGCUUCAGUGCCCAAUGGGAAGGAAGAGUAUUUCUUCUGAGGGGGACGUUGAUUUCUCAGGAAGCCAGUCUCUACUGUUUGUGAGAGUUGAUGGGAUCAUGGCUAAGAGUGAUAACAAGGUGCAAGGCCUAACAAUGGCACCGAAUAAGGACUGCCUCCACGCCUCCUUCCUGUAAAUGAUAGGACCAAACAAGGCGGUGUGAUGAACAUGCCACUGCAUCAAAUCUCUGUCAUUCCAGCUCAGGAUGUUACCUCUUCCAGAGUCUCCAGGAGCAAGACCAAAGAAAAAGAGGAACAGAAUGAGAAGGCUUUGGGGCAUUCUGUGAGCCGCUCUAGCAACAUCUCAAAGGCUGGAAGUCCAACCUCUGUCUCUGCCCCUCAUAGCUUCUCUCGGACUUCUGUUACACCAUCCAAUCAGGACAUUUGCAGUUCCAGUGCAGUGUUUUCUGAGUGUUGUCAUCACAGUCCAGUGCAGUCUGCUGUUGUCUUGAAAAAUCCGCACUGCCAGAGCCCUCUGACACAAGGGGUCACUGUGACAGUAAUCUGUCAGGACGCGUUACAUGCAGCAAGGAGAAACUCCCGUGGGCAGGAUCGGGGCCAGGCACUCAGGUCUGCUAAGAAUGUAAAGCCCACUCGCACUCUGAAAUUCUCCAAGUCCCUCAAUGACGUGGACCAGAAGGCGCAGGGCACCAGUGAGUGCUUUGACUAUGUGGAGCGAACACGCUCAGAAGGCAAAUUGACCCCGAAUCAAGAACAAUGUUUAAGGAUUAACAAAUUUCAUCUUAAAGAAAGGAAACCAAUCAAUCUCAGGCCUCUUUCUUUUAGCAAUUCUAAGCACUCCUAUAUCCCUUCCCUUUCCAACUACUCGAGUGCAUCAGGAGGAGCAGAGAACCACAACGCUGUACACAUCCCCUUGCUGGAAGACAAAGUGGACCAUGACACCUCAAGGAGCAAAAAACUGUUGCGUUAUCUUUUUUCCUUCUCCCACACCUCCAGCACCAGCAGCCUGCACAAGUUCCACGAAUUGGAGAGCUAUUCCAGUCACUUCCAAGCUGAGAAAUCCUCUAGUGUGCUGGUGGAAAGCACAGACUUCUGCUCUGAUGAUAUGGGAGACGAUGAUGUCUUUGAGGACAGCACCUCAGUGAAACUGAAAACAAAAGAGCAGCGGGCACCACUCUGUUCAGUUGAGAAGGACAGUGACCUUGACUGCCCUUCCCCCCUCUCAGAAAAAUUUCCCCCUCUCUCCCCUGUUUCUACAUCGGGGGAUACCUGCAGGAUAUGUCACUGUGAAGGAGAUGAUGAGAGCCCUUUGAUUACCCCCUGUCACUGCACGGGAAGUCUUCAUUUUGUGCACCAAGCCUGCCUGCAGCAAUGGAUCAAAAGCUCAGAUACACGAUGCUGUGAACUCUGCAAGUAUGAGUUCAUCAUGGAGACAAAACUGAAGCCUUUGCGAAAGUGGGAGAAGUUGCAGAUGACAGCCAGCGAGAGGAGGAAGAUCAUGUGCUCUGUAACAUUCCAUAUCAUUGCCAUCACCUGCGUUGUGUGGUCUCUCUAUGUCCUGAUAGACAGGACUGCUGAGGAGAUUAAACAGGGACAGACUACAGGGAUUUUAGAGUGGCCAUUUUGGACUAAGCUGGUGGUUGUGGCUAUUGGUUUCACUGGAGGACUUCUGUUCAUGUACGUACAAUGCAAAGUGUACAUACAGCUGUGGAAGAGACUUAAAGCAUAUAACCGAGUAAUAUAUGUACAAAACUGUCCGGAAACUAGCAAAAAGAAUAUUUUUGAAAAACCUGCACUAAUGGAGCCAAACUUCGAAAGUAAAGAAGUGCUUGGGGUUCACCAUUCAGACACAAACUCUUCACAUUACACAGAGCCAGAAGACUGUGCUGCAGAAAUCCUUCACGUUUGAUUGUUCGGUGGGAGGGGUGUUUCCGUAUGUCCUUGAAGAUUUAAAAUAUCAUUGUUUACUGCAAACUGCUCUACCUUUUUAAAAUCGGCUGAUUUUAACCUGAGGGCUGGCAGAUGAAUUUUUUUUACAUUUUUUUUUUUUGUUGGAAUUUUUUUAAACCCCUUUGGCAAAUCUGUCAAUGCCAUCUCUCAACUUUGUCUCUUGGCUGAUCAAUGAGCCACAGCAUACUGGGUGGAACGAGCGUUGGGUUUGGUAUCAAGCAAGCCACUAGUAAACGGUCAUCAACUUCAUGGAGUCUGUUACUUUAGAAGAUGACAUUGAUUCUGGAAUAUGUGUAGAGUGGGAAUCAUUUGUUUGUUCUUUAAGCAUGAUCACAUUGAGGGAAAUGAGAGAGCUGGAGUCUAAUCUACCGCUAACACUGCCACUAACAUUUUGUUUUAGGCAGCGGGUGUUAAAUUUUGCUUUACAUAUUGUGAUGAGACUUACAAAGCAUAUAGCACUUUUAAAAAUCUUUAUUUUGUAAUAUGUAUGUCAAAUGAGAAUGAAACUUGAAAGAAUAUGUCCUUUUUAAAACAUUUCUUCUUCUUUACCCCAUCUAUUCUUCUGGAACAUAAGCGUCUCGUCUUAUCAAAAAAACCAAAAAAAACCAAAAAAAAAUUUAAAAAAUUCCAACCUGUGAUUUCCAACACAUGCCCACAUUAUUUAACUAAACAUAACACUAACAUAACAUAAACUGUGUUUCCUUAGAGAAACAAUUUUUUUCAAAGGACAUUGCACUUGUGACUUGUGUUUCGGGAGUAGUGGACAUGUACAGUGUUCAUUUUCAGUGCGUAAUGGUUUCAGUGCUCUAUUUUGGGGGUUGGUUGUUGUUUUUGGGUUUUUUUUUUCCCAACUGGUCAGACCAUCAACACACCUGCACAUAUAUCCUGAUGUAACUUUCAUUUCAAACUGUUGGCAAAGGAUUUGUGGCUAUAUUGGUUAAAAUGUGAGCUGUUAAUGGAAAAAAAGAUACUUAGUCAAUACAGCUGAAACUGGUUUUCCUUCUCUAGUACUGUGUCAUGUGUGAAAAAAACCAAGAAUUUGACAUCGUCAAAACAGAUGCUGAGUUCACAGUUUAGGAAGUAAAUAUUGCAUUAAGUGGAUGAAUUGAAAAAUACCUGCCUGGUUUUAGUCCUGAUGUGGUGCAUUACAAGGUUAGGGAACAGUUUUGUCUGUGCUUUUGAAUUUGAGACUUGCUUUUUAAUCAGUCAGCCUCAAUGAAAAGAGUGAGACAGCUUUAAAAUCUGUUUGCAGGGCAUUAGACAGAGUUGCCCAAAGCCUGGGGUGUCUGCUGUUAGUUUGCUUCACCAAUCUGUCACUGAAUCCCUGUCCAGCUUCAAGCACUCGUUUAACCAAAGUCCCAGUACGACUGGAGCAGAAACAAAGCCCCACAAAACGUCAGCACGCGAGGCCUCUGCAUUUGUAGGCUGACUUUCUCUGCCUGAACCCUAUCUAAACCUCUGUAAAGUCAAAGAUCAUCUUCUGGUUUAUCUUAGUAGGAGUUGCCUAGAAUUCUUAGGUAAAAGUUUCUGUUUAUGUGUCAAGAUACUGAACUAAAUCCACAGUUCUGGUUCAGAUUUUGCUUAGUCUUUUUCAAGUAAAACUUUAAUUGAGCAAAUUCUUUUAAUAAUAAAAGUAGUUGCUUUAAGACUUCCCAAAGAAUAACUGUAGGAGAUCGGUGAUUUUCCUUUCUUAAAAUGUAAUAUUAAUUUAUUUCUAAAUUUUAAAAGAAGGCAGAGGAGGAGCUAUGGUAAGAGAACAUACACAAGUGGUUUCUAAGAGCUGUUAAGAGGAAAAACGUGUGUGCAUGGUGCCUCUGUGUGGUCUCAUGCUUGAAGCUUACUGGCUGUGAUCUUCAGGAACAACACAGUACCGUGUUCUUGAGAUGUUUUACAAUAUCCAGACCCCUAGGUGGUGCUGGCAAACCUGUGCUGGCAGGGAUUUAUGUACGUGUGCUAGGUGUCAGGAUGUCCCAUGCUUACAUGAUACGGGCAGACAAACCCUGCAUACCCUGCUAGUAUCAGGGCAGCAAUCUUCAUGACAUGCACAUAGUGUUUGUUGCCUAAACCUGCCAUAAUAUAAAGUGCAAUUACUCAGGCCCUUUCCUGAACUGAGUGAUCAUCUUCUAUUAUGAGAACCCAGAUAAUACACUGUCUUGUUUUGUUUUCUUUUUUUUUUUUUUUGAGGAAAGAUUUAUUAGAUAAACUCAGGUGGGUUAAAUAUCAGGUCUUGCACACCUUCAUCAUGUUGUUGUGAAGUGCACAAGGUUUACAUGUCUGCAAGAUGUUCACGUUACAGCUGCAAGAUGCACAGAAUCCACUGCCGACUGAUGCUGUGCAUGUUUUCAUCUGAUCUCUGACCAAUAGCUGAAAUUAAAAUGGACAAGUUCUGGUAUGAAACUUGCUUGUACUUCAUCCCAUGCCUGAGAGGCACUGAUGUCUGAGAAAUAUUCUGACAAGUGCCAGUAUGGCACACUAAUGUUCUGGUCCUUUUUCAAUCACAAUCAUGUAUGAUUCAUGGUGAAACAUUGCAAAAUCUCAUUCGGUGUUUUGGAAGCUCCAUCUGGCACGUGCCAGGUAGUGUUCAAUGUAUUCAGGAUACAGAAGGUUUUUACUGUGCCUCUGUGUAUCUUAACUUGGGAAGAAAAGUUACCUCUAGCAAAAUCAUCUGGGGAAACAUAUUUGCAGAUGAAACUGUUUUACCCAGUGUUACUGCUAAUCAUUCCAUCUCCCAGCAGGGCUUUUCUGAAUGAAAAUAAUUUAAAGUCUAAAUAUUUCAAGUUUUUAUACUGUUUAGGAAUGCUCAUACCAGGAAGGGCUGCAGAAGAGAUCCAUCUGUCAGGGGUUUUCAAUUAUGCUGGUCACACUUCUUGUGCUGGUUCUUGCUUGGUGUUAACAGUGGGCUUCUGGAGCUGCAGUUUUCUGCUUCUGCGUAGUGCCAUCAUAUGGUAUGAGAAUGCUGAAUGGUGCUUUUUCCUUCUUUCUCCUCAAGGAGAUACUGUUGACUUGUUUUCAGCUUCCAGCUGUGAGGCACUGAUGCUAGCUCAGGUGAGCUCUGUCAUUCUUGCCCACAUGUCAGUAAGGGGAACCACCAGCCCCCAUCAGGUCAGGCUUUCCAAUGCUUCCUUCUGGCAGCUCUUGAAAUCUGAAACAGGAGUCUGUUUUGUUUUUUUUUUUUUUGUCUUUGUUCCUUGGCCAAAGUUAGUUCGGGUUACUUGGAACUUCUCUGAGACCAGAAUUUAAGUAGGAGGAACUAUAGGCUUAAUGCCACCUACUACGACACUUUCCCUAGAUUGCCAGAGUCUUUGCUGAUAUGUCCUAUGACAUCGGACCAAAUUCCCUUUCUAUUGACUUAAAUCCUCUCAAAAAAAAAAAAAAAAAAAAAAAAAGUACUGGCUGUGCCAAGGAAAUUUCCCUGCUGUGUCAUAUUUGGUAUAUCUACCAGGUCAUGAACAUGCAUUGUGUUAGAAAUACAAGUGUGUGCUGCAGAAGUUGAUGCCAUUUAAGAGAUUGUGAGACAUUAAAUACCUAUGAAUUCUUUGGACUUCAUUCAACUGUAGCCCUAUAUUUGAGUGGUGGUAGUGUUUAAAAAUGUUGCCCUGUGUUCUGAAGAGAUGACCACACCUCAGGAUGGCUUCGUCUGGUUUAACAUCAUUAAGACUGGAUUUGCUUCAGCAGGAGGGUUUCAACAAAGGUUACACUGAGCCUGCUAAGGGUUAGAGAAGUGUUGGGCCUCUGUGCUGCACCUGGGAAAUCCUGGGAAGCAAUAGUAACUCCCUGUCUUAAGUCCCCUUCUGCCCAUUCCCUGUACUGACCAGGGCGUCAGUCCCAUUUGUGUCGGUGCUGUAAGGGAGGGGUCUGCUUGGUGUGCUGCUCAUCAGAAGCCUCUGAAGUGGUGCAUGGAUAUGGCCACACACAGGAGCUGGUUGCUGCUGCCCCAUGUUUAGAUGGGUAAGUAUCUGUUGCAAAGUGUGACCUGGGUCCCAAUUUCUCCUAGCGCUAAAUAUGUUGAGAUACAGAUGUCUUGUGCAGUUUGCUGUGGAGAUUGUGGCCAGCCAUGAAAGGGACGUUGGUGACUCUGUGUUGGGUCCCUCUCAAAUGUGGACAAAACAGGGCAAAUACAAAAGCAAGGAUAUUGCUGGCUGGAUUUUCACAGUGUUAUAUUAGAUAUGCAAAGAAAACUUCUAAAUGAGACCUUCUGUUUGUGAGUAUUUUUUAGUUUUGGGAUAUUGCAGUGUCCGUAUAUUCCAAUGAAGUACUGAAAGCACUUGGCUUUGUAUAGAAGAUAACUGAUUAAAAAUCACAGCUGAACCUGUAUUUAGGUAAAAGAUUUGUAGAUAGAUAAUUGUAUAAUGUUAAACAACUUUACACUGGCAUGUGUUGUAUAGUUUAUACAAGACACUUCACACUUCUGCAGAAUUUUUUUAGAUAGUAAAUUUUUAGCAACUUAAAUGUAUGGUUUUGUAUCUUUCAUGUAUGUUUGUUUUCUCAGUAUUACCACUUGCAGAAUUAUUUUUAGUUUCUUAAACUGUAAUUGAUCAUUUGUGUGCGAUACACAGGGUUAUUGACUGCAGCAAUAAAGUGUUUCUAUAAA